AUGCUGUCAUCCUUGGCAGGCAGGACACCCACCAGUCCCCUGUACCCCCACCAUGUCCUCUCAUCCAGCAGGCAGGACACCCACCAGUCCCCUGUACCCCACCAUGUCCUCAUCCAGCAGGCAGGACACCCACCAUUCCCCUGUACCCCACCAUGUCCUCUCAUCCAGCAGGGGACACCCACCAGUCCCCUGUACCCCACCAUGUCCUCUCAUCCAGCAGGCAGGACACCCACCAGUCCCCUGUACCCCACCAUGUCCUCUCAUCCAGCAGGCAGGACACCCACCAGUCCCCUGUACCCCACCAUGUCCUCCUCAUCCAGCAGGCAGGACACCCACCAUUCCCCUGUACCCCACCAUGUCCUCUCAUCCAGCAGGCAGGACACCCACCAGUCCCCUGUACCCCACCAUGUCCUCUCAUCCAGCAGGCAGGACCCACCAGUCCCUGUACCCCACCAUGUCCUCAUCCAGCAGGACACCCACCAGUCCCCUGUACCCCACCAUGUCCUCAUCCAGCAGCAGGACACCCACCAGUCCCCUGUACCCCACCAUGUCCUCUCAUCCAGCAGGCAGGACAGUCCCCUGUACCCCCCAUGUCCUCUCAUCCAGCAGGCAGGACACCCCCAGUCCCUGCUGCCCCACUGCUGUCCUCUCAUCCAGCAGGCCAGGACACCCACACCAUUCCCCUGCAGCCUCUGUCACCUGGGCAGCAGCUGGAGCGAGGCGGCUCCUCUCUCUGUGCCCACUGUGCCCGUGCCAGGCUCACAGCCUCUGGUGGGAGGUGGCAGUGAUGCCAG